CUCGGGUCGUCGAGUAAGGACGGCUGGCGCGCCGCCAUCGACGCGUGGGUUGGGUUUUAUAGCGCGGUGGAUUGGCGCGAGCCGUGGUUGAGAGCCUUGCUCGCCGCCCACGCGUGCUUGUUUAUCGUCGUUUUGCUCACGCGAAGAGAUGAGCGAACGCAAGGAGUGUUGUUCUGCGCGUGCGCGGCGAUCGUAUUCAUGGCGGAGCGCAUCAACGCUCUGGCGGCGGCGAAGUGGGAAACCUUCGCGACUCAAAACUACUUCGACCCGAGGGGUCGGUUCACGUCCGUCGUGCUCUCCACGCCGCUGGUCGUGGCGACGCUCGUGAUUUUGGUGAAUUUGUUACUCAUCAUGACGUCGAUGAUGGUU